GAGUUGGGCCCAAACCGGCCCUAUACAUCCGGGUUGACAGGCACCCUUUAUAUCCAUCUCAAAUGUGGCAAGACCCGCGCACGUCCGUUCCGUCGGAUCUGGCCCACCCCGACCCCUCAUAUAUUCAUCCUCAUCCUCAUCCCGGACCAAACCCUAGCCACUCCACUUCACUCUGCCCCAAGCUCCCUUUCGGUGAUCUCCAACAUGACGUGCAGUGGAUUCGACUCUGAGUUCUCACGAUCUGCGGACUGGAACCUCAUCCCAUACGGGCCCCAGAAUGAGAUGGUCGUCUGCACAACUCUCCAUCGCUCCCAGGAGGAGUCCGCCGGACCGCGGUCGGACUCGAGCCGAGGGGAAUCCAUUUCGCCCGCCGAAUGACGCUUGGAUACGGUGGGAGGCGCUUCACCGCUGCCUGGCCGGGCGUGGUGCGGUCCGUCUGGCGCCCCAAUGUUGGGCGAUGGCACAGCCCGUUCGGUGGCGCAUCUUUCCCGCGUCAUUGGAUUCAGAGUCAGAGGUAAACAACGACAUGCAUUGUCCCGCCCCGCACCUUUAAAUGGCGUGGCGUGCGCACAAUGCUAGUGAAAGGGCGCAAGAUGCCGCUGCAGCCCUCGUGGCCGAGGCCACAGAGGCGAAGUCCCACGUCGCCGCAGAGCUGGGACGGGUUGCCGACAACCGUUGGCGCAACAACCAAGUCGUCGAGGUGUCGGGCUCCGAUAAAGAAGGGUCUAUCGUGGACCUCACCUCGACCGGCGACGUCGAGGCCAUGGACUUUGACGAGGAAGAGUAGGGUAUGUGAGACAGUGGCGCCUUCUGUCCCAUGUCCUACUCUACCUCACCGGCAACCGGACCUUCACUUCGUGGGUCUCGCAUUAGCUGGACAUGGACACAGACACACAUACGGAAACAUGGACUUGGAAGCGAACGAGCGUUAUCAAAGAUUUAGAGUAGGUUUACGUUGCAUAUAAUUGUAUGAAUUUGAUGAGCUGGUAAUGAUGUAUCCGUUUGUGAAAGAGCAUAUUUAAGCCGCGGACGUGCCCAAGCACGUUCUCAUGAUGUCUAGGGGGGCGAAUUCUUUAAAGUCUGACUGUAGAUACUCUUAGCUUAGCUGGACCCUUUGUUUUCUGAACAUAGUACAAUCAAAGUUGCUCACAUACACGCACCCCUAUAAAAACACACACGCAUGCACACUGUAUCCUUAUGAGCACUUUCGAGAAACUAAGCCAGCACAUCAUCUUGAGAUUGACGACGUUUCGUAGUCGAUGGAAACGUCUCCUUCUACUAAAUGCACAUCGCCGAAAGGUAUAAAUCCCGAAAAAUGCAAGCAGCAAUACCAAAUCUGGAACAUAAACUAUGAUGGGUAGGGGAUACUUGUGUCCUCACCAAUAACCCAGAUUGGUUUGCAACUGGAUCCCAUUCUGAGGCUGCUCUACAGAUGAUUGGGUUGUGCGCGGCCCGCUGGAUGUUGAAUAGUAGCGAGUGAAGUCAGAAACAAACCCUGUCUUUGUACGACCCGUCGGAAUCGAACCCCCAACUCCUAAUCCCUGAAAUCGACACCCCCACCUCUCAAAUCCCGGUUGUCACAUCCCUUAAGCCCAUUCCCAAACAGGGAUUGCUGAGUCAGCCUGGGGGUGUGGGUCCACUGGCCGCGGCGCGGGCCAAAUCUGGUUGAGCCGGCCCAGCUCCGCCUCCCCGUCGCUCUCUGUUCCCCCCCUCGCCUCGCUUCCCUGCAGCCUGACGCGUCAACUUCUCCGCGGCGGCCAUGGCGAAGGACGGAUGAUCGCGGCCAUCUCUGACGAGCACUCCAACAGAGUAGAAUCAGGUAUGUGAUGUUCUUCCUUCUAUUGCGUUUGGCCUUUUUUCCCCUCUCUGUGGGCUAGGUUUAGGGUUCUACAGUGAGAUCAAGUUGGGGUUUUUGGGUGUUUGAAUCGGCCGACAAUCACUGAUGCAUUAGUUGCUUUGCUUGUAAUGUAGGGUUUUCUUGUUGAAAUCAUGGACCCGGCAGAGAUCUUGAAUGUUAGAUUUCACUUUGGGGGUUAGUUCAUACGAAUUGGUCCAAGUCUAGAUUAUGUUGGGGGAGAAACUGGAAUGUCAGAGAUUGAGCGGGACAAGCUCUCUUUGCAGGAGCUGAAAGGGUUUUUAGGAGAUCAUAUGACAGUGAAGGAGAGCAUGAAGUACUAUUUCCUGUUGCCUGGCAGAGAUUUGGUAAAUGGAUUGCUUUUUUUACAUGAUGAUGGUGGCUGCAUGAAGGUGUCUGACUACAUUACAGAGGGGGGAGUUGGUGAAAUAUAUGUGGAGUACAAUGGUGAAGAAGAAGAACAAGGAGAAAUAGACAGUGGGUCAGAUUUUGAGGAUGAGCUUGAUGAACUGAUGAACAUUGGCAGUGAAGAAGAACCUGAUGCAGUUAUCACAGCCGAAGAUUGUAGUGCUGAAGUCAAUGAUAAUGUAAAUGCCACUGAACAGACUGGUACUGCAGGAGAAAUUAUUGAGCAUAUAUUUGUUCCUGAUGUAGGUGGUGCGAUUACUCAGGUGAUAAACAGUCCAUUGAAGCAAAAUGUGAGAGUUGAUUAUCCUACUCAGAGUUCUCAAGUUCUUAAUGUAAGUCAACCAUGUCAAGCAGCCCAAGACAUAUCUAGUUCAGUUGCUAAAGUGGCAGAAAAUGGUUCAGAUUCAGAGGACUCAGAGGACUAUGAGUAUGUGCCACAUACUGAUGAUAGUGGGGAAGAAUCAGAGGUUGUUGAGAUGAGAAAACAUGCAAGAAAAUUUAGGAAAAAGAUGGGAGAUUUCAAGAUGUGGGCUGAUGCAGAUGCAACAGGGGCUGUGCCCAUUGAUUUGGUAGCAAAUGUGGAGGAAGUUGUGGAGGACAUGGAGUUUGAGUCAUCAGAUGAAGACUACUCCUAUGAUGAGGAUGAGGAUGGCAACAUGGUUAGGAGGAAGAGCCAGUUUGUGAGGUUUAACCCAGACUCUGACAUUCCUCAUUUUAGUCUUGGAAUGGUUUUUAAAAGCAAGAAACAAUUGACUAGAGCUAUGAAGAGAUAUGGGCUUGCUACCAAAAGAAGCAUUUCAUUUUUAAAGUCAGAGGAGGCCAGAGUUAGAGCAAAAUGUGAUUGGCCUGGGUGUCCCUGGAUGUUGUAUGCAGCUAAGACCAGCAGGUGUUCUAGGUUUCAAAUCAUCACAUUUGAAGAUGAACACCAAUGUGCACAAAACAGAGACAACAAACUGGUUACUACUAAGGUCAUUGCCAAAAGGUAUGAGCACUUCAUCCUGGCAAAUCCUUUGUGGAAGAUUGAUAGUAUGAAAGCCAUAGUGAUGAAAGACAUGUUUGUUGAUGUGUCCAUUUCAAAGUGCAAGGCAGCAAAAAAACUUGUACUUGACCAGCUGAUGAGUGGUAUGAAAAGUGAGUACAACAAGGUGUUUGAUUAUCAGUUGGAACUUCUUAGGAGCAACCCUGGGAGUACUGUGGCUGUUUGCUUGGAUCCAAAAGAGAAGGAAGAAAAUAUUUUUCAACAAUUCUAUGUAUGUUUCAAUGCUAUGAAGCAAGGGUUUAAAGCUGGGUGUAGGAAAGUGAUUGGGCUAGAUGGUUGUUUCUUCAAGGGAGCCUGCCAAGGUGAGCUACUGGCUGCAAUAGGUAGGGAUGCAAACAACCAAAUGUAUCCAGUAGCUUGGGCUGUUGUGGAGAAGGAGACAAAUGAGAGUUGGGCCUGGUUCAUUGGUCUUUUAAUCAAAGACUUGGACAUUAACGAUCAAGGAGCUGGAUGGGUCUUUAUUUCUGAUAAGCAAAAGGGCUUAAUUAAUAGCAUGAGAGACUAUCUGCCUAAGGUAGAGCAUAGGAUGUGUGCUAGGCACAUCUAUGCUAACUGGAGAAAGAAGCAUAAAGAUCAUCAAUUGCAGAAAAGGUUUUGGGCAAUUGCUAAGUCUGCAAACAGAGAAGACUUCAACUACAACAAGGCCAAGCUUGCUCAACUAACUCCAGAAGGUGCAAAAGAUAUCAUGAAGACAGACCCAAAGCAUUGGGCUAGGGCUUUCUUUCCAAAAGGAGCAAAUUGUGAGUCAGGUGACAACAACCCUUGUGAAUCAUUUAAUAAUGCCAUCAUAGAAGCUAGGUUCCACCCCAUUAUUUCACAGCAAGAAAAGAUUAGGAAAAAAUUGAUGGUUAGAGUUCAAGAGCAGAAAACAAAGAGUGAGAAGUGGAAUGGCAUAAUUUGCCCAAACAUCUUCAAGAAGAUUAAGGCCAAUAUCAAGAGAACUCAGUUCUUGGAGGUGCUCUGGAAUGGAAAGGAUGGUUUUGAGCUUGCAGGCCUUCCUUGUUGUCAUGCAAUUUGUGCUAUCUAUAAGAGUGGAAGAAAAGUAGAGGAUUUCAUUGACAAGUGCUACUACAUUGAUACUUUCAAAAAAAAAUAUGAGCAUUGCCUGCAACCAGUUGAAGGAGAAGAAAGCUGGCCUAUGUCUCAAAACCCUAGGCCAGUAGCACCUGGCUACAUUGCCAUGCCAGGAGCCAGGAAAAAGAACAAUGAUAGGAAGAGAGAAGAGGGGGAAGCACCCAAGGGGAAGAAACUGAGCAAGCAUGGCAUACAGAUCACAUGUGGAAGUUGUGGUGGUCAGGGGCACAACAAAACUUCCUGUAAAAAGAAAGGAGAUAACGCCAAGAAAAGAAAGUCAUAUCUUGGGAAGAGAGGGAGAAAAGUGAGGGAAACAGAGCAAGCACAGACAGAUGCAUCUACAAGCAAGGCUGCAGCAGCUAGAGCUUCAGGCCCAACAAGAUCUCAAGUUGCAGCAAGGUCUCAAUCUGCAGCAAGAUCUCAAGCUGCACCCUCUCAAGUUGCAGCAAGCUCUCAAGCUACAACAUCCAGGUUUAUACCUCCUAGAAGUUCAUCAACAACUAACAAUGAUGUCCCUAGAGGUAGCACAACUGCAGUUAGAGGGAGAGGCAAUGGCAGAGGAAGUGUGGGAGGAACUGGGAGAGGGAGAGGCUCAGAAACUGGGUUUAUGGCCUUCUUUACAGCUAGUGGGAAUUACUAAAGCUUAUGGUGGAUGUAGUUGCCUUUUGGAUGCUACUGUCAGUGUGUACUAGUUACUAUUAAUAGUUCAAAUCACUAGUUAUGUGUGGACUUGUGGUUUUGUAGUGUGAUACGUGUUUCUGCUACUGUCAAAAUAUCCAUUCCCUCUACUCUUAUGUGUGGUUUAUGUUUAAUAGCUGAAUUUUAGAACUCUUCUUGCUAUAAAAUAAGUGCAAAUGUUCUUGCUGUUACAUAAAGCAUAAUAGAAGAAUUAUUGUGCUCUA